UUUUGAGAUUUAGAUAAUGAAGAACAUUCAAAGCCACCAUGGGUUGUACCUGAAUAUUGCGGAUGUAUCUAGGUAAUUAUUUAUGAAUCAGCCUUUUCUUUCUAAACCGUUACACAGUUAAAACCAUGUUGUUGUAUUUCAGAUCAAUUACCCGAUCCUACUAUAGGAAUUCUGUUGGGGGUCUGCUGAUGUUCGAUGUGACCAAUCGGAAGUCAUUCGAGAGCAUCAGGGAAUGGCUGCGGGAGGUCGAUAAUCACGUGUAUCCGAACAAAACCAUUUUUGUUCUGGUUGGACAUAAAAGUGACUUAAUAGAUCACCGUAAAGUUUCCCGUGAAGAAGCAGAGAAGCUGGCAGAAGCAUUGGAUCUGAAUUAUAUUGAGACUUCAGCCAAAAAUAACAGCAAUGUUGACCAAGCCUUUAUGACAUUAACGGAAUGUAUUUACGAUUCCAUGAAAGUCGGGGAGAUUGCACUGGAGGAUGGUUGGGAUGGAGUUAAACGAGGAUUUAAUCCACGGAUGUUAGAAUCGCCAAAAGAGGAGAAGCAGAGUGAUUGUAAUUGCUAACCUGUCUUUUGGGUGUAAUUAAUGAGUCACUACGUUAAAAGGAGGCUAGGUACUCAGAGUGUGUUUGCAACAUGCAAUUGUUUCUUAUUAAUUCCCCCCACCCAGUUAUAAGAUGUGGAAUUAACUGAGCAAGCAAUUUUAGAAAGCCAGCAAUCAUUAAUCACCAACUUGCUAACAAAGGGUGGGUGGAGUAGUGGUGCAAAUUCCAGUAGUAGGAGUCAUUCUGUAGAAAAGGGAGUUUGCUAGUGCAUCCUUUUGAUAUCCAACAGUGGUCGUGGUCGUGGGCUUUCUUGUUUCAGCAGCAUCAGGUUUAAUGAGAGCAGUUUUGUUUUCUACUCUGCUAAACACAGGAAGCUCAGCAUUGGAUUUUUUUUUUAGGAAAUCUGCUCUCUUUGGAUGUGGCCUAACGUUGAUAUAUUUCCAUGGCGGCAUGUUGUACAGGUGUCGAGAUAAAUGAGUUUUGCGCAGCCUUAAGCUGUGCUUUUGUAACUGCAAGUGUUCCACUUUAGCCCAUGAAAGGGACAACAAUGUAACAAUUGAUUCAAUUUGUGUAACUUGUCUGUUUUGAAUUUAUUAUUGAAAAGCACAAAACCCAUUAUAUUCAGUAAUAUUAAAGAGAUAUCACAAUCUCCAUCAAAA